GAACGGGUGACGUCGCGGACAGGCCACGCCCACUCCGGCGCCCUCUCUCCUCCCAGCCCAGCUCGAGGGAGCGCCGCCGCGCACGCGCACGCCUUGCCCUGGGAGUACGGUGACGUCACCGCCCAGCCGCGCCCUCCUCUCCCUCCCCGGCCUUCAUCUGCGACUGCGCACUUCCUUUCCUCCCUUUCCCGUCGGACCGCGCUGCCGCCUGAGCCACGAUGGGACACCAGCAGCUCUACUGGAGCCACCCGCGGAAGUUCGGGCAGGGGUCCCGCUCCUGCCGAGUGUGCUCCAACCGCCACGGCCUGAUCCGCAAGUACGGCCUCAACAUGUGUCGCCAGUGCUUCCGCCAGUAUGCCAAGGACAUCGGCUUCCUCAAGGUGGGUGCUUGUGGGGGGGGGGCUGGACUGAACGGCUCCUGA